AUGUUCGAAGACUUCGUCUUGACCGAAAAGUUUAGCAACGGAUUCACCGUCGUGCUGGGCGCCAUCCUUUGCAUCUCGACUCUUUUCACGAUUCUGCUGGCGACGCUGCCGGGCCAAUAUGAUCCAUACGCAGAUAAACCGCCCAAGUUCGUGGACGAGACGGGCAAGGAGAUCAAGAUGAAGACAAAAGAUGGAAAGGAUCCGCUCAAGUGGAGGCAGGGUCGGACUGUCCAGAUACUUGUAUUGGGAGACAUUGGCCGCUCACCCCGCAUGCAGUACCAUGCCUUGAGCAUUGCGAAACAUGGUGGCAGGGUGUUUCUCAUCGGGUAUCAAGAAUCAGAGAUCCAUCCGGACAUCGUCUCAAAUCCACUAAUCACAAUCAUCCCACUUGUUGCAGCACCAGCUUUCCUGCGGUCUAGCAGCAAACUACUGUUUCCCAUUCUAGCACCUCUCAAAGCUAUCUGGCAAGCAAGGUCCAUUUAUCGCGCACUAGGCUACCGUUCUGAGCCUGGGAGAUGGAUGCUCGUCCAGAAUCCUCCUUCAAUACCAACCCUCGCCAUAGCCAGCUUGGUGUGCUUCCUCAGAAACACCGACCUCAUUAUCGAUUGGCACAAUUUCGGAUACUCAAUCCUUGCGCUCAAGCUGGGCAAGAGGCAUCCCCUCGUCAGUAUCUCAGAGCGAUAUGAGAAAAUAUUCGCAAAGGCUGCAACACAUCACCUGACCGUCACGAACGCCAUGGCCCGCGUGCUCAAAGACAGCUACGGAAUAACAGCACAGGCCCUUCACGAUCGACCAGCCUCCAUGUUCCGUCCCAUCACUUCUCAGGAGCGGACACAGUUUCUUGCGAGACUUCCGGAAACGGCUCAGUAUGCCCAAGACCUCUCGCCCUCUUCAAAGACACCCUGGAAGCUCAUCGUGAGCUCUACGUCUUGGACUGCCGACGAAGACUUCUCAAUAUUGCUUGAUGCACUCGUCGCCUACUCCGCUGAGGCUACCUCGAAGACCCAUCUACCAAGGAUCCUGGCCAUCAUUACUGGAAAAGGGCCCAUGCAGUCUCACUAUCUCACGAAAGUCAAGGCCCUCAAUCAACAGAAGAAGCUAUUGAACGUCAUUGUCACCACAGCAUGGCUCACACCCCAAGACUACGCACGCCUCCUUGCCUCUGCAGAUCUUGGCGUCUCUCUUCACACCUCGUCAUCCGGCGUCGAUCUGCCCAUGAAGGUUGUCGACAUGUUUGGCGCAGGCUUGCCAGUCGUAGGAUGGGGCAAAUUUGAAGCAUGGCCCGAGCUGGUCAAAGAGGACGUCAACGGAAAGGGUUUCGCGAGCUCACAGCAACUUGCUGAGCAGCUGAUUGAUCUCUUUGGGAAGGAUGAUGCUCUAUUGCGACAGCUCAAGAACGGCGCCCUGGAAGAGAGUGGGAAUAGAUGGAAUGAUGAAUGGGAUCGUGUUGGUGGACAAUUGUUCAAAUUUAUACAUGUCUAA